UUGAUGUGUUUGCUGGUGGGUUGUUGGAUCAGCUUCCAAUCUUCUCUGCACUGUUUCUCGAUCAGUGGUUAGUCCAGAGAUGCAAGAAUUGGGCUAUGAAGGGCCAAUAAAUAGAACCCUAAAUGUCAUUGGACUCGACGUUGUCUUCUUCCUUGCCUCUUUUUUAGGUUGUGGUGAUCCAGAAGUGGGAGAGAUGAGUAGGGCGGGAGAGGCCUGUUGUUCUGAUGGCUCGGAAGAAAGGUUUGUGGAGGAGAGGAGUGCUGCUGAUCGAGGAGAGGAGCGUGUUACUCUCGAUCAUGCAGGAGGCGGGAGCUGUUCAGCCGAAGCUUGUGUCUUCACCUUCUCUUUCUGUUUCCUCCAAAAGAUCAUUGCCGAGAUCUUGGGCACCUACUUUAUGAUAUUUGCUGGGUGUGGUUCGGUCGCAGUGAAUCUAAGCACCGGCAUCGUCACAUUCCCCGGCAUAUGCUUGGCCUGGGGGCUCGUGGUCAUGGCCAUGGUGUACUCCCUCGGCCACGUCUCCGGCGCCCACUUCAAUCCCGCCGUCACCAUCGCCUUCGCCACAUGCGGAAGGUUCCCGUGGAGGCAGGUGCCAGCUUACGUUUCAGCUCAGGUUUUGGGAUCGACCAUCUCGAUCGGGACGCUGAGGUUGCUGUUCGGAGGGAAGCAUGGCCAGUUCCUGGGAACGGUUCCCGCCGGCUCCGACCUCCAGUCCCUGGUUCUCGAGUUCAUCAUCUCCUUUUACCUGAUGUUUGUGAUCUCCGGCGUCGCCACAGACAGCAGAGCAAUCGGAGAACUGGCAGGGUUGGUAGUCGGAGCCACCGUGGUGGUAAAUGUGCUCUUCGCCGGGCCGAUCUCAGGAGCAUCGAUGAACCCGGCGAGGAGCCUCGGCCCGGCGAUCAUCGCAAACCGGUGGGAGGGGCUAUGGGUGUACAUCGUGGGUCCCAUCUGCGGCACCGUGCUCGGUGCCUGGGCCUACAAUCUCAUCCGCUUCACCGACAGGCCCCUGCUUGAGAUCACCAACACUGCCACCGCCUCCUUCCUCAAAAGACUCACCAGGAAGGACUCCGCCUGAAUCAUCUGCCAAAGGAGUCUAAACUUGUAGGUAGCAACGCAGGGCUUUCGCUUGCUCUGCUGGUCCAUUGUUGAGCAUGGAUCGCUUCUCCUACAAUGAUACCAAAUCGUCAUCCUAUUGUUCUAUAAGACGUGCAAGACAUUCUUUAUUCUACAGAAGAUUGUAAAUUAUAUAUUAUUAAUAAAUUUACUAUUCAGAACCAUUUACUAAUUAUUAUUGAUGAGAGAAAAAU